AUGCCCCUUAUCAGCAGCUUCAAACAGCGGGACGCAUCUCAAACACCGGUCAAGAAAAUGAUCAGGUUCAACUUCCAAAACCUGAACACUUUCGUCAAAAUUCGUGAGCUGUACUGUGCCUACGACUACUGCAAGUAUGGCUUCCCUCUCUCCAGCAUUCGUCCUGAGCUGAAAAGCCUAAAGGAGAGAGCAGUGGAGCCACAGGAAGAGCCAGCAAAGGAAGCAGUAAACAAACUGACAGAGGCUAAGAAAACAGUUACAGAGGAAGCAACAGAUUCAGCCAACAAAAUCAAUGAGCCACAACAUCUCACAGGGAUCCUCAAGAAAGGAAAGACGGCCAGCACCGCUCAUAAAUGUGUGCGCUUUAACUUCCAGAACCUGAACACUUUCGUCAAGGAUCGUGAGCUGUACUGUGCCUACGACUACUUCAAGUAUGGCUUCCCUCUCUCCAGCAUUCGUCCUGAGCUGGAAAGGCGAAAGGAAAGAACAGUGAAGCCACAGAAAGGGUCAGCAAAGGACGCGGUAAAGAAACACAACACACGACACCAGCAAACAGUUGGAGCAGCUCGCUGUGCACAAAUGAAUACCACUACUGAAGGGAAGUCUCCUAAAGGUAUCCUGAAGAAAGAAAAGAUGCCACGGUCCACCUGUCCAGGACACGUGCCCUUCAACCUUGGUAACCUCCGCGCCCCCGUUAAGGAACGUGAGGUGUACCGUGGCCACGACACCUUCAGAUACGCCGCGCCGCUCCAAGUCACUCAGCCUCCCAACUUUACCUCGAGGCCUUACCAGCAGCCCGUUAGAUCCGCCUCUAACUCGCUGCGUGGCGCACCUCGGCACCUCGCGAGGCCGGCACAGCGGAGCAACGACUCCUUCCAGCAAAACAGUGGCUGGUAUGCUGCACACAACUACACCAACAGCCGCCACUCACAGCACCGCCAGCACAACGCCAGCAGCCACGUCCCGCCCAGAUACGAAACAAGGCAUUUCUACGAGGGACAGACACAUCGGGGCACCAACUCCCGCAGCAGAAGUCGUGCCAAGAGAGGCGCAAAGCCGAGUGGUGGCGAGUUUCUGUGAGCACCGGGCGAGUACACAGCGUCGUGAUCAAACUCAAAUGUUCAGCGACGUACAGGUGACGUACAUUCCGGGUGCAUUUCUCAACACCCGCUGAACAGUAACUGUCGCUGACUGGUGAUAACAGAGACUGAGGAGUGCCAAGAAGCACCACAAUCACACUGAGAGGAACGGCUCGCCAGCUGACUAAAAUCACCAUGCAGAGGAACGCAUCCCAUGGAACGGUGCCACUUCUACGGAACAAAUUGUUCAAGAGUGUCGCAUCUGUGGGGAGUGUUUGGACGCAUGUGUGUGCUUACAUUU